AUGCGUGUCUCUUUGAGCACAAUUUUCCGAAUCAGGUGCAUUUCAAUUAUUCAGUUGGAUUGUUUUCAUGAUCGAUCCUGCUUCUCCGUAGGUCCUUUGAAUCUCAUACCGCUUGUGGACAAAUUUGAAGCGGUUUACGAAUACGUGACAAGCGACGGACCUGUGAUCACCAUGCGCACUAAUUUGGACGCCCCUAUGUACAAGUUAAUUAGCGUAGAUCUUACCAAACCGGAUAAGAUCAACUGGAGGGAUCUUGUUCCUCAUGACGAAACCACUUUGCUAGAGGAGGCAAUGUGUGUGCACAAGGACAACUUGAUUAUCAACCGCCUGAAAGAUGUCAAGAGUUGUUUGUCUGUCCACGCACUGCAAACUGGGGAGAAACUGGCUGAUCUGGAUCUUCCACUAGGCACCGUUGAUGCCAUCGUUGGACGCAAGCGGGACACUAUGGCAUUUGUGAAAUUCACCUCAUUUCUCGUCCCCGGUCAAGUGUUUUCAUGUGAUUUGACAGAAAAACCUGCCAGGCUGAAGUUGUUCCGCGAAUCUCGUCUCAAUGGCGUUGAUCUCUCCGGUUUCUGUGCGAAACAGGUAUUUUACGAGAGCCAGGACAAAACCCAAAUCCCGAUGUUCAUUGUAGCACCUCGAGACCUGGUUUUGGACGGUUCCAACCCAUGUCAGUUGUAUGGAUACGGUGGUUUUCAAAUCUCUAUCACACCCACCUUUUCUGUUGGCCGAUUGUUGCUAUUGUUGCAUUUUGGCGGCAUUGUCGCAAUCGCCAACAUUCGCGGAGGAGGGGAAUAUGGAAAAGCAUGGCACGAUGCCGGUCGUCGGAAGUUUAAACAAAAUUGUUUUGAUGAUUUCCAAGCGGCUGCGUCUUAUUUGAUUGACCAGCACUACACCUGCCGUGAUAAGUUGUACAUAGCUGGGGGCAGCAACGGGGGCUUGCUUGUUUGCGCAUGUGCCAAUCAACGUCCGGAUCUCUUCGGUGCGUGCGUUGCGCACGUGCCUGUUUGCGAUCUGGUGCGUUUUCAUAAAUUCACCAUUGGUCAUGCCUGGACCAGCGAUUACGGUGACCCGGACUCAAAGGAGGAUUUCGAAGUGUUGUUCCGAUAUUCUCCGCUGCACAAUGUCAAGGUCCCGUCAGACCCCAAUAUCCAAUACCCUGCGUUUCUUAUCUUAACUGCUGAUCAUGACGAUCGCGUCGUUCCGUUACACGCCUUCAAAUUCAUUGCCACUCUGCAGUCAGCUAUCGGGCAGCAUUCCUCGAAACAAACGAAUCCUUUGUUAGCCCGUAUUGAGACAAAGGCUGGUCACGGCGCUGGAAAACCGACCUCGAAACAAAUCGAGGAAAUCGCAGACGUUUACGCCUUCUUACAAGUCAGUCUGCAACUCACGUGGCGUGAUUGAUGCUGCGAUGACUUCUAGCAGUUCACUUACAAUCAUUCUGCUCCCAGCUGGACAACCCGAUGCCCUUGAUUUUUGUAUAUUGUUGCUUUGCCUUAAAUUUGUUAUUCUGCGAUGUAAUUAUCAAAUUGGCUAAAGCCUGAUUUACUGACGA